AUGGGCACGCUGCGGGAUCUGCAGUAUGCUUUGCAGGAGAAGAUUGAGGAGCUGAGGCAGCGAGACGCCCUGAUUGACGAGCUGGAGCUGGAGCUGGAUCAGAAGGAUGACCUGAUCCAGAGGCUGCAGAAUGAGCUGGACAAGUAUCGAUCUGUUAUCAAGCCCGCCAGCAAGCAGACCCCGAACCAGUCUGCGGUCACUGUGCAGGAGCAGCAGCGCACUAAGCGGCAGGCCAUCUCGGCGGAACCCACUGCCUUCGACAUCCAGGACCUCAGCCACGUUACUCUUCCAUUCUAUCCGAAAAGUGCACAGUCCAAAGAAUUAAUUAAGGAAGCAAUCCUGGAUAAUGACUUCAUGAAAAACCUGGAGUUGUCUCAGAUUCAAGAAAUUGUGGACUGCAUGUACCCAGUGGAAUAUGGCAAGGACAGUUGCAUCAUCAAAGAGGGUGACGUGGGCUCUCUGGUUUAUGUCAUGGAAGAGGGCAAGGUUGAAGUGACGAAAGAAGGAGUUAAGUUGUGCACCAUGGGACCAGGCAAGGUGUUUGGUGAACUCGCCAUUCUGUACAAUUGCACCAGGACAGCCACAGUGAAAACUCUUACGAAUGUAAAACUCUGGGCCAUCGAUCGACCAUGUUUUCAGACUAUAAUGAUGAGGACAGGACUAAUCAAGCACGCAGAGUAUAUGGAAUUUCUAAAGAGCGUCCCAACAUUCCAGAACCUUUCAGAGGAAAUACUCAGCAAACUAGCUGAUGUUCUUGAAGAGACAUAUUAUGAAGAUGGGGAGUACAUUAUUCGGCAGGGAGCUCGUGGAGACACCUUCUUCAUUAUUAGCAAAGGAAAGGUGAAUGUAACACGGGAAGAGUCGUCAAAUGAAGAAGCUGUAUUUCUUCGCACAUUAGGAAAGGGAGAUUGGUUUGGAGAAAAGGCUCUUCAGGGAGAGGAUGUGAGGACAGCCAAUGUCAUUGCAGCUGAAACAGUGACUUGCCUAGUGAUUGACAGAGAUUCAUUCAAACACCUGAUCGGAGGACUGGAAGAUGUUUCCAACAAAGCCUACGAAGACGCUGAAGCUAAAGCUAAAUAUGAAGCUGAGUCUGCCUUCUUUUCAAACCUGAAACUAUGUGAUUUUAACAUCAUUGAUACGCUGGGAGUUGGAGGAUUUGGAAGAGUUGAACUGGUCCAAUUAAAAAGUGAGGAAUCCAAAACAUUUGCGAUGAAGAUCCUGAAAAAGCGUCAUAUAGUAGAUACACGACAACAGGAGCACAUACGAUCGGAAAAGCAGAUUAUGCAGGAGGCUCACUCAGACUUCAUUGUAAGGCUCUAUAGGACAUUCAAGGACAGCAAAUAUUUAUACAUGUUAAUGGAGGCCUGCCUUGGUGGAGAGCUGUGGACUAUUCUCAGGGACAGAUACAAAGAAGACAAUAUUAAAAGAGGUUCAUUCGACGAUGCUACCACGCGUUUUUACACAGCCUGUGUGGUGGAAGCCUUUGCCUAUUUGCAUUCCAAAGGAAUUAUUUACAGGGACCUCAAGCCAGAGAACCUAAUCCUUGAUCAUCGGGGUUAUGCUAAACUGGUGGACUUUGGGUUUGCCAAGAAAAUAGGGUUUGGAAAGAAAACAUGGACUUUCUGUGGGACUCCAGAAUAUGUGGCUCCAGAAAUCAUCUUGAACAAAGGCCAUGACAUAUCAGCAGAUUACUGGUCACUGGGAAUCCUUAUGUAUGAACUCCUAACUGGCAGCCCACCCUUCUCAGGUCCCGAUCCUAUGAAAACAUACAACAUCAUACUUCGUGGGAUCGACAUGAUUGAAUUUCCAAAGAAGAUCACCAAAAAUGCUGCUAACCUCAUCAAGAAACUAUGCAGGGACAAUCCAUCAGAAAGACUUGGGAACUUGAAAAAUGGAGUUAAAGACAUUCAAAAACACAAGUGGUUUGAAGGUUUUAACUGGGAAGGAUUAAGGAAAGGUACUUUAACACCUCCAAUCGUAUCUAGUGUCACGUCUCCAACAGACACGAGCAACUUUGACAGUUUCCCCGAAGACAAUGAUGACCCGCCUCCUGACGAUAACUCCGGAUGGGAUGCAGAUUUCUAAAUCUGUUCCUUCAGACUUGCUUCUGCCUUGCCUAGGACAGCAUCUUGGUAAAAGGGGGAAAAAGAGAGACUGCCAGUCAAUGGAAAAGAAACGAGAAGGAGGAUCAGUGCGCUGGGUCACCAUGAUGCCUUGACUGAUGCCUGCUACACUCAUGAUGGUGGCAUUAGGAGCUACGCCAUUAGAGAAUUGCAAUGGUGUUCCUUUAAAAAAAACACUUUAGGUUUGAAUCAAAAAAAUAGCAACUUAGAUGGUGGUCCUAGAGCAACUUGUUUUAUUAGCAUACAUGUAAGGCUUUUCCUUCACUGAAGUGACUAGUGCUUUGCUCCAGAGACCAGUUAAUACUCAAAAGGUAAAAGUGGGUCAUUUGAAACCAGUAAAGUUAUUCUAAAUUUAGAUUUUUUCUAAUUAAAAUAAGACAAACGUAGGUAUUUAUUCGGGGGAUUUUUAUUCAUGGGACUAUGUUAGUUGCAAUAGAAUUGAACUGGGAUGUUCCCAUUCUUCAGUGCAAGUGCACACGUCCCUGUGUGCGACAAGCCAGUGUUGUACGCACACUCUGAAAGGACCAGUAAAACUAUUGGUCAACCACUUUUCAUGUCAAGUCACUUUACUCAUUAUUAGUCUGAAUAUUACUUUUGAUUUCAGCAAUAUAUUUAAAUGUGGCAUCAUGUAUUUAUAUACACAAAGCACAACUGCUGAUGCUAUCAGGAUUUGUUCCCUACCCAGCCCCAAAUUAGCUGCCUGCCUCACCAAUUAAUAUUAAAAUAGUCUCCUAUACCUUGUAAACGGUGAAUAUGUUUCUCUGUACUGCAAUGUGAAACUGGUAGAAAUACUAGAGGUCAAAUACUGCCUGAAGAUGCAUUUGAAUAAUAAUCAUUUCUGUUUGACAUGCCACUGGAUUUAAAUGCUAGCUGAAAACUAUGGGCUCUUGGAAACUGUUCAAUAAUUUGUUAUCACAGUCAGAGCUCUGAGCAAUGCUGUCAAAGAUAUAUGUUUUUUUUUAAAUCUAACUUUUUAUUUUAGAUUUCCUUGAAUAGAAUUCAGACCUCUUUCCCAACCCACAGCUUCUAAACGGAUUGUAUGAAAGUACUGAACUUUCUUUUUUAUCCUGGCCAAUAUUUAUCUCUCAAAAGCAUCACAAAAAGAAAUCAUCUGCUCAUUUAUCUCAUUGCUGUUUGUGGGACCAUGUUAUGCACAAAUUGACUGCUGCAUUUCCUACAUCACAACAGUGAUAAAAUACUUUUUUUUAAGAAGUAUUUGAUUGGCUAUGAUGUAUUUUGGGACAUCCUGAGGUUGUAAAAGGACCUAUAACAACAUAAGUUCUUCCUUCACCUGUUCCUUUGUGUCACUGUAGAAUGUCACCACUAAAGGAAGCAACAAAAGAAGAAAAUGAGGAGAAACUGAACUAAGAGCAGAAAGGCUGGUGACUAUCAGCAUCCAAUAAUGUUAUUAGGGCUAAAAAUGUACUUUAGAACCCAUUUCUCACCCUCAAUAUCAAAUGCUAACAAGCUGUCACUUUGAAUUUAAUGCUCUGUCUUCAUUUAAGGAAAUGUACUCUAUAGAAAAACAUGGAAAUAUAACAUGUAAUACUUUACAAGAACAAUCGUAUCUCAUCUGGAUAUGCUCUGGAUUAUACUUUAGAAACCAGCGUAAAAUUUCUUUAAGCUGCAGGUAUGAAAUGCUUCACAUUUCCCCAGAAAUGGCCACCACUUCAUUGAUAAUACACACUCCUGCAGGAAUGGAUACAAACAGUGAACAUGUUUUCCUAAUGCCCCUUUCCAUAUUUAUAAAUGGAGCAACUAGCACUCCUGAUUAAAUCUGCAACUUCUUAGUGUUUUUGGGCUAUUUGUCUUUACCAAUCUUUGCCGUCUGUACCAAUGAAUUCAUCAAAAGGGUGUUAGGAUCAUCAUGCAUCUUCUAUUUCUGGUGAAUUCUGAAAAUUGAAAAUGAAAAUAAUGGAGGGAAUUGUGGGGAGUGGGGCACAUGAAAUACAUCUGAAGGAGGAAGUUCUAUAUACAAUCUCAUGCGAAGGAGCAAUCAAGCGCUUGUAAACCCUGUGGGUCAAGAGGCUCUAUCACAUUUUCAGCUUUAUAUUUUUUAAAUGUAUCUAUGGUUUUUAUUUAAUUGGACCACAAGCUCCAUAUUACUGUAAAUAGGCAGAUAGGUUUUGGGUGUUGACACUUUGUGUGUGACUUAAUCUUUUCUUUUUAGCUGACUUGAUAUGUUUCCCAUUUUAUAAUGUAACCCAACGCUUUUGAACUGUAAGAAAAAGCAGAAGGCUUUGGCCUAAAAUUUCUGAACCAUUGUAAAGAUCAUUUCUCCCAUAGGUUAGACUAGGUUUGGCAUUGUCUGAAGUGCCUUAAAAACAUGGCAUCCAAACAGGUUUAUAAAUUUGGUCCAAUGCUGCGUUAACUCAAAAAAAAACACAAAACAGAAAAACCUCAAAGAUCAAUCCUUCUUAGCUGGCUUCUGUAUAAAUUGUCUCUUCUGUAAGGUUUAAUAGGUCUUUUUUUUAAUAUGUACGAGUUGCAGUAAACAUUCUAUGGUACCAUUCAUUAUGUUCAAUUUUAGAGAAACUGUGAAACUGGUGAUGACGUAAUGCAUCAUUUCUGUGAAAUGUGUGCACAUGCAACAAGAAAAAGUUUCAUGGCUAUAACUAUCAUUGCUUUGGGUAUCAUUGCUUUGAUUUGUAUAUGCAAAUCCAUCUUAUUUUAAUUACCUGUGUUGCAAAAAUUAAGGUGAAAUUAUCUCCUUAAUGUUGUCAAGUUGCAUUAAAUGUGGCCCUGGCUGACACAAUUCAGAAACUUUCAGAAUAUCUGUAAAACUUAGUCUCAUCAGAAUACUGAGUUUAAACAUUGAUUUAACAUAGCUGAUACCCACUUUUAAGAUCAAUAUUUCCUGUCUCUAACAAGAAGUUUAACAUCAAUCUCACUGAACGUUUAUAAAUUUAUAUAAAAUAUUUGUUGGGAGUUGUUUCCAAAUUAGCCUUUGUUUAGAUAAACGAGCAUGGCAAAUUUGUCAAAAUGUAUAUUUUGUCACUGAAUGCUGUUCACAGGCUUGUUGCACUCCUUUGGUUGUAGAUUUUUAACUUUUACAUAUUUAAUUGUCCCUGAUUUGUCCUGUAUCUCCCUGCAGCUGUCAAUGCAGAGUGCCUGUUAUAUACUUUCUAGAGCUGAAAUAAAGAUGAUUACUUUUGAACUAUA